CGGGUGCCUCGGCUGCUCGGCGGCGCUCGGCACUUUCCGCGUCGCUGGCUUUGCAGGGGCUGCUCCUCGCAGCCCAGUCGCUCUUUUUUCCGGGUUUGGAGCCGAUCCGGAUGCUGAGGGCGCCGGUGCCUGGUCUCCGCGGACCUGAGGGCUUCUGUACAUGGAUUAUCUGAGGAUGUCUGAGUGUCUCCAGAUCUCACUUGCUGUUUGUAGACUUGGCAUCUGCACGUGUUUCCGAGCGCUGUGCUGCAAGGGACCCCCGCCCGCGCGCCCCGAGUAUGACCUCGUCUGCAUAGGCCUCACGGGCUCCGGCAAGACCAGCCUGCUGUCCCAGCUCUGCAGCGAGAGCCCCGAGCACGUCGUGUCCACCACCGGUUUUAGUAUAAAGGCAGUGCCCUUCCAGAACGCCGUCUUGAACGUGAAGGAGCUCGGAGGGGCCGACCACAUCCGCAAGUACUGGAGCCGCUACUACCAGGGCUCCCAGGGCGUGAUCUUCGUGCUGGACAGCGCGUCCUCCGAGGGCGACCUGGAGACGGCCCGCAGCGAGCUGCACUCGGCCCUGCAGCACCCGCAGCUCUGCACGCUGCCCUUCCUCAUCCUCGCCAGCCACCAGGACAAGCCGGCCGCCCGCUCCGCCCAGGAGGUCAAAAAGUACUUUGAGCUGGAGCCGCUGGCGCGCGGACAGCGCUGGACCCUGCAGCCCUGCUCGCUGGGCGACGUGGCGGCGCUGAAGGACAGCUUCUCCCGGCUCAUCCAGCUGCUGGAGGAGAAGGACCGGGAGGCCGCCAGGAUGUGAGCCUGGCAGGGCGGUUCCCGGGCCUCGCGCCUUGUGCUCAUCCUCAUUUCCCGGCGUUUGGGUAAGGCGUCCUCGUAGAUCGGCGUCUGCUUUCCUGUUAUCUCAGACUCAUCUCUCUGCCCCAGAGACUAUUCGGCAUGACCGUCAAGCACACACUACUGAGGGACUCGGUUCUCUGUUUACCGCUGCCCGUCUCCGCCGCGUCUCUCCUGCCCCACGCGCCCCCGGAACGGCCCGGGAGACUCGGAGCCCUGCCUCCGCCCCCCGGUUUGGGGCGCAGUGUUCUGUGACUGGGCUCCCCAGAGUAUGUGUCUCAUUUCACCAUCUCUCGGGGGGUAUGUUAUGUUAUUUUUUAGUUUUUUGUAUACUGGCCUUACAGAUUAUGGGACGAAAAUGAGCACCAGAAGCUUCAAUUAACCCGAAUCAAAAUGGACCGUCCCGCCACGGGAAAGCGACUGAGGAUUUAGGGACAAGACACAUCGUUUCCGUCCCUGCGUCUGAAGUCCCCGCUCCCCGUUCCGAGACGCGUUCCAGGACACCGAGGCACAGCGCUCGCGUCCGAUUCCUGCGUGAGCGAGUCCUCGGCGUUUUUUUAACGGAAAGGUUGCCCUGCACAAAGCCGAGCUGCAACUUACUAUCGGGGUUUUUUUCUAAAAAUCUUGUGUCUGAUUAAAAUAGAAAAAAAUAAUUUUUUAAAAUAACAGGUAACGUUUUUAACAGCCACCCAACAGAGGCUUGUCUGUGCCGACCAUGGUGUGAGCGGCGUGGAUUUGACCGACGAGAAUCACGUGUCCAUCCAGCCGUCACGCGCCCCGUUCCGUGAAAAGGCGUGUCGUAUUUCCCGUGUAAACCUCGAUUUUCCGGGGUCUCCAUGUGCCCCUAACAGUACGCGGGGGCUGCGGCAAGUACAGAACUCUAGCGCCCGGUCAGUCUUUGCAACGAACGUUUUGUUUCGUUCCCCUGACGUGGUAAGGUGGCAUAGAGAUGAAGGCACAGUUUUCCCGAAGCCUGGCCCUUGGGCCUUUUCUGAAUCAGGAGCAGUCGGGGCUAGGGAGGUUUGUAGUUGAAAUACGCUUGGGCACAUUUUGUAGAUUUUUGACCACUUGCGAUUCUAAGCGGCCCAGUGACAGAAACUGCCCCUCCCCUGAGCACUGGAAGCAUGUCCGGGGUUUUAGGGUCGUGGCUGAGCCCCAAACACCGCAGCCCGCGCUGUCACAGCCGCACUGCCACGGCGACGGGCCGCCGUCACGCCCUGGAAGGUGUGGCGUUAACCGCAGCUUGUGUGGUUUCACCUUGUGGGCGGGUUUUAAUGAAAUCAUUACCUUUGAGACAUCAAACAUCAUCUUGAAGCUUUUUAUUUUUUUUUAAUUGAACGGAUCCAGAAGAUUCAUGUUCACGUCUGUCUGCGGCGACUUGGGUGUCUUGACACUGUAGCCGCGAGCAGCCCAGCACCAUCACCCGAUGCCCAGGCCCCGUCCCCGAUUCUGUCCUGUGUGCUCAUCCUCCGUGACAAAUAAAUGGUGAUCCGGC